UCAAGAUCGGAGGUCCCCUGAAUCGACCAGCCGGGCUAUCAAAUUCGAGGUAUCUCGGCGGAGACGAGCUAGCGAGGUGGGAUCGGAGAAUAUUCGCUGGCUGCAUGGCGUGAUGCUGUCGCGGAUGCUAUUCCAGGUUUCUGGAUAUGUCCUCCUGCAUGUUUUCGGUCUAUGGGCUCUUCUGCAGCAGAUUCUCAAGUCAUGUUCCACUCCACCAAAGAAAUUCAACUUUGUGUCACAGGAAGGCAGGAUAUUCGUCGUCACCGGCGGCCUGCGGGGCAUCGGAAGGAUGAUUGUGGAGCGACUCAUCGAUUUAGGAGCUUUCGUAAUAAUGACGAGCAGAAGCCCGCCGGAAACUGCAUUGAAAUCUAUCGGAACCGCUAAUUCAUGGCGGUUUCGAUAUGUUCAGCUGAAACUGGAGUCGAUGUCUGAAGUUUCAGAAUUCUGCGAAAUGAUCAGAAAAGAAUACGCGCGCCUUGAUGGCGUCGUAUGUAAUGCUGGAACAUUGAGCGGAUCGGAUGGGCGACUCACCUCCGAGAAUCUGGAGCCACAGCAAGCUGUCAACUACUUUUCAAACGUUCUCAUGGUCGAGAAUCUGCGGCCCUUGUUGCGGAGACACGACUCCAGAGUGAUUCUUGUGUCCUCCAUCGUUCAAUGGCUUGGCUACUGCAACCUCGAGGACAUCAUGCUCGAAAGGCUUUACAGUCCGCACUGGGGCUAUGCGCAAUCCAAACUAUGUCAAGUCGCGUACGCGCGACACCGUGGACGUCGAUUCCUCCAAGAGGGUUUCACGAUCAACGCCGUGCACCCAGGGCUAGUGGCGAGCUCAUUGUACAACGCGAUCAUCAACUUCCUCGGCUCGUUCUUCUUCGUGAGCCUCGAGAGCGGGGCCGAAGCAGUGCUGCACGCACUCUUGUCGGCCUCUCUGGACGGUGUCUCAGGACAAUACAUCGAACGUUUCGAUAUUCUGCCCCCGGUUAGAAGAGUUCGGGACGAGAAGUUCCUGACGGAUCUCCACGAUCUCACGACCAGGUAUCUGAACCCGUGGCUAGAGUGCGAUCACGAACACCAGGCUCUGAGCGAAUAG